AUGAAUAUAUUCAGAUUAGCAGGUGACAUGACUCACCUGUUCAGCGUUCUCGUCUUGCUCCUCAAGAUCCACACCAUUAAAUCUUGCGCCGGUAUUUCAUUGAAGACGCAAGAACUAUACGCUGUCGUUUUUGCUACUCGUUACUUGGAUAUAUUUUCUGAUUUUAUAUCCUUAUACAAUACAAUCAUGAAGUUAAUAUUCUUGGGUAGCUCAUUUUCAAUUGUUUGGUAUAUGAGGCAUCAUAAGAUUGUUCGAAGGUCUUAUAAUAAAGACCAAGAUACCUUCCGCCAUUUCUUCCUUGUUUUGCCUUGCUUUCUCUUGGCUCUUCUUAUUCAUGAGAAAUUCACUUUUAAAGAGGUGAUGUGGACGUUUUCAGUGUUUUUAGAAGCUGUUGCUAUACUUCCUCAACUUGUACUGUUACAGAGGACUAGAAACAUUGACAAUUUGACUGGCCAAUACGUUUUUCUCCUUGGUGCUUACAGAGGAUUAUACAUUCUCAACUGGAUUUACCGCUACUUCACUGAACCACACUUUGUUCAUUGGAUACCGUGGAUUUCAGGAAUAGUUCAAACGUUGCUUUAUGCUGACUUCUUCUAUUAUUAUUUGGACAGCUGGAAGAGCAACAAAAGGCUUCAAUUGCCAGCUUGAAGUUAUUCUCUCCAGCUUAAUUGAAGUCGAAAUUGUUAGGCAGUGGCCAAG